AUGAAAAGCAGCAAAACAACAAAACAAAACAGCAGCGGCACCUGGGGACUCUUCCAGUAUGUUACGAAGAAAAGUAGUGUAGUUCCAUUGGAAUCAAAGCCAUCUCUCCGUAAAGGUUCGGGAUUAACGUCUAGUGGUCGUGUUAACAAGAGUAAAAAUCCUUCUCAGUUGGAGAACUCUUUGAAGAUCACUGAAAAUUCUCUUGAUCCUCAUGAGAGUGAUGUGAUUGCUAAUGCUUCUGUCUUGGUGAGUGAGCAUCAGGAUCAGGAUGUUUCUUUGCUGGAUCAUUGUGAUGAUACUACGCAGUCAGAAACACAGUUGAAUAGCCAUCAGAAUGGUGAUGUGGUUGAGAGUGCUAAUGAACUUGCUGCUGGUCUUGAUGCCGGCUUAAAAACUAUUGUCGGGUCUUCCCAAUGUGAGGAAGAAUCAACCAUCUCACCAACAGCUUGGGUGGAAAAAGAAGAGCACCAGAACCUGCCUAAUGUAUGUGAUGACAAAACGGCUGAAAUUACAUCUUCAACUGACAUAGCACCUGUUGAAUCAACAAGUCCACGGGUGCGGCAUUCUCUGUCACAGAUGCUGCAAGAAGAACGUAGCGAAGGUUACAUUACUGAAUGGGGAAAUGCUGAAAGUCUGCCUGCAAUGGUUUACCAAAACGAUGCACCCAAGGGAUUAAAGAAGCUGUUAAAAUUUGCUCGGAAGAGUAAGGGGGAUGCAAAUAUAACUGGCUGGUCUAGCCCAUCAGUCUUUUCUGAAGGAGAGGACACAGAAGAAUCAAAAGUUACUAAUAAGAGAAAUUCUGAUAACCUAAUGCGAAAGGUUGCCCUUAAAAUAAAGAACCAUGGUCAAGAAAAGACAUUGCUGUCCGAUGGCUUUGACCAUAAUUUGAGUUCUCACGGGCUUCGAUCUGCUCAAUCAGGUGUCAGAACGUUUGAUGCACACACAAAAUGCAGCAUGGCAGCGUCUCUGCCACAGCCUCAAUUACUAAAGGGACACGGUCAUUCUUCUCCCUUUCAACAUUUAGGGGUGGUAAACCAAGUUAGAGAAGCUUCUGUAAAGCUAGGAUGUUUAUAAAGAGUCGAGGUUAUCGGUGUCUGCGGUCUCAAUAUUUAGGCUACAUAAACUUUGUUGGAGCAAAAGUUUCCUCUGCAUUUCUCUUUUUGUUGUAUUCUUUUGCAUGUCAGCUGCGAAGGAUCAUCUCUCUGUUGGUGGAGUGUUGACGUAUAUACCAGUACAUUAGGAUCCCCAUCAUGCUAAACACUUUGUCCCCUGUUAAUCAUUCAUUAUGUUGAGAACAUAAAAACAAUGAUGAAUUAAUGGAUUUUCUUUA